GAUACUGUGAUCAUUGCAAUUACUUUGUCAGGUUCGAAAGCGCUGCCGAGUAUCGUCAAGCUUCUGUCGACAUUUUCGACUGUUUUCAACAGUUAAAAUACGCUUUUUCCUGGCGCAAACCAGUUUCCAAUUCAACCAAAAGUUAAAUCAUUCAAAAUUAUCCUCCGAUAUGUGCAGUUAAUCGUGAAUUUCAGUGCAUUUCGUUUCCCUCCUCUGUCGAUUGCAGUGAAAGGCGUUUCCCUGGGUCAUCUUUGUCCUCUGUUAGUUUUUUUUUCGAAAUGUGUUGAGUUCUGUAGCUGGUGAAUUGAGUUGUGCGGCUGUCGGACGGCUGCCUCACCACAAUGAGGUUCAAACAGUUGCUACUAUCGCUAACGGUAGCAAUUCAGUACUACUUUGGAAUUGCAAACGGCUCGGAAGAUGAGGAACGACUGGUACGUGAUCUAUUUCGAGGAUACAACAAACUCAUCCGACCCGUACAAAACAUGACCCAGAAAGUGGAUGUCCGUUUCGGGUUAGCCUUCGUACAACUGAUUAAUGUGAACGAGAAAAAUCAAAUUAUGAAAUCGAACGUGUGGUUGCGACUUGUUUGGAGUGACUAUCAACUGCAGUGGGACGAAGCCGACUACGGAGGCAUCGGUGUUCUGCGUCUUCCGCCGGACAAGGUCUGGAAACCGGAUAUUGUAUUAUUCAACAAUGCCGACGGAAACUACGAAGUGCGUUACAAGUCCAACGUGCUGAUUUAUCCCAACGGCGAAGUGCUCUGGGUUCCCCCGGCCAUCUAUCAAAGUUCCUGCACAAUCGACGUCACGUACUUCCCAUUCGAUCAGCAAACCUGCAUCAUGAAGUUUGGUUCGUGGACGUUCAACGGCGACCAGGUUUCGUUGGCACUGUACAACAACAAAAACUUUGUCGAUCUUUCCGACUACUGGAAAUCCGGUACGUGGGACAUCAUCGAAGUGCCGGCCUAUUUGAACGUAUACGAAGGCAACCCGACCGAAACCGACAUCACGUUCUACAUCAUCAUCCGUCGGAAGACGCUGUUCUACACCGUUAACUUGAUCCUGCCAACCGUACUGAUUUCAUUCCUUUGCGUGCUCGUAUUCUACCUGCCGGCCGAAGCUGGCGAGAAAGUAACCCUAGGUAUUAGUAUUCUGCUGUCACUGGUUGUGUUCUUGCUGCUGGUUUCGAAGAUUCUACCACCGACCUCGCUCGUACUGCCACUGAUUGCCAAAUAUCUGCUGUUCACCUUCAUCAUGAACACCGUUUCCAUCCUGGUUACGGUCAUCAUCAUCAACUGGAACUUCCGUGGUCCUCGCACCCACCGGAUGCCCAUGUGGAUUCGGUCCGUUUUUCUACACUACCUACCGGCGAUGCUACUGAUGAAGCGUCCCCGCAAGACUCGUCUCCGCUGGAUGAUGGAGAUGCCCGGGAUGAGCAUGCCACCGCAGCCACAUACACAUCCUUCGUACGGAUCACCGGCGGAGGUUCCGAAACACAUCAGUGCGCUCGGGGCCAAGCAAUCCAAGAUGGACGUGAUGGAGCUGUCCGAUUUGCACCAUCCGAAUUGCAAAAUGAACCGCAAGAUGAACAGUGGUGACCUGGGACUCGGAGUGGAUCCGUGCCGUCGGGAGAGCGAAAGUUCCGACUCGAUCCUGCUGUCACCGGAGGCCAGCAAAGCUACCGAAGCCGUCGAAUUCAUCGCAGAGCACCUGAGAAACGAGGAUCUGUACAUUCAGACGCGCGAGGACUGGAAGUAUGUGGCAAUGGUUAUCGACAGAUUGCAGCUGUACAUUUUCUUCAUUGUGACCACUGCCGGUACGGUUGGAAUACUGAUGGAUGCGCCUCACAUCUUCGAGUACGUCGAUCAGGAUCGAAUCAUCGAAAUCUACCGGGGCAAGUGAGCGGCCUGCUCGACGUUUGCUGCCGGGUCCGCACCGGUAGACAUUAUUGUUGUUGGAAUAUUAGGUUAACAUUUGCUCAACAAUGGGUGUUUUUUACGUACUACCUGUAGAGGGUCUGAAAGAAAACAGAGAGAGAUUUUUAACCGUUCAGCACUAGAAAAGACUACGGGUUCAGAGGAGAAUUCGAGGGAUUAAGCGGGAUCAGCGAAGAUCGAGAGUAGCUUUCAAUGUAGCCGAUCUAAUGUCCGCUAGUUAAAAAAAUAAUCUAAUGUUUGUAGCAAAACUGUUCUGUUACUGGCUUCCAAUGCUAAGUUUGAUGUUUUCUAGAUUUGAAACUAAACACAAUAAGCAAAAUUUGAAUUGUUCUUUAAAGCAAAGCCAAAAAGUGUUGCACUUAUUCAUAAGAGGAAUUUUAGUAAAUCAAUCGAUUCAGUUAACUUAUCAAAAUGAAACUAAUCCAAAUAGUAAAUUCUAAGCGACAGUGUUAGGAAAGUAUUGAAAUGCCAGCCAGAAAAUGUUUUUGAUUUACGUGAGGAAACUAUAAUCACGGUAACGGGAAUAUCCGCUAUUUGAGACACACAUUUAAAAGUUAGUAACGUUUUUUCGGAACACUAUACUGAGCAGCAUUUGUAAUAAUCUAAUGAAAAAAAAAAUAAGACGAGAACAUAAAUAUAUAAAACAUCAACAAUAAUUAGGCUACUACUGUAAACAUGUGAGGAAAAUGCAACCAUGUCUCAGUAAUAACAACAACCAAAUACAACUAUAUUCACUCUUAAUGAACGAACAGCAAACCACACAUAAAUAGUGCAGAAAAAAAUUAAUCUUUCGAUACCUAACGAACAAAAUAAACAAGCGAAUACAUAAUUGAAAAACACAUAGCUAACUAACGUCAACUGAAAACGAUUUUUGUGCACAAAACGUUUAAAAACUACAGAUAAGGAGGUAACAAAAUAGCAAAAUAACAUUAACACUCAACGUUGUAUUGAUAAGCAUUUUUAAGAAGAAAAAAAAGGGUAUAACAAUAAACCUACCAAAUAGUUCAUA